AUGCCGUGGCUCGGUGCAACGACUGAGUUGGGGGAGACCUUUCCCCGCAACACCACGGAGUGGGAUGACGACAGCUCGCUUGAGGGUCAUGUCCAACAACCCUUCAUCGGCAGCGCCACCUAUGACGAACCACAUGCCGGCACCGCCGCCUCAGAUGAGAGCUCCACAACUCCAGACGGCCUGGGAGAGACACGCCGGGACGGGGCAGCACAACUCCUCGGUCCGGCACCCCGUCUUCUUUACAGAGAAGCUGCGCCGGCCGCCGCCGUCGCUGGGGCCUGGGAUGGGGAUGAGUCCCGUGGCACACGGCUACGUCUAUCAGGAUGGCCGGAGGGCCGAUGUGGCCUCGACACCGAAGCUUUGAGAGUGUCGCCGCGUACCCGGGGGGGGGGUUCGGCCAAGGCUUCCAUUCGAAGGCGACGAGAAGACGUUUCGGAAGAGAUGAGAUGCGUACAAUGUCAGUCUCUUCUAUUGGGAUUCGUUUUGGUGUAG